AUGGAAAUGACAGAGGAGGACAGAAAAUGUUUGGAGGAGAGGAAAUAUUGGUGUUUCUUACUAAGCAGGUAAAAUUAAAGAAGUUACAAAAAAACCAGUUCAGCAGUAUAAUUUCAGUAUAACAACAUUCUGCGCAUCAAUGAUUCUCGUAGUUAUAUGGCGGGUUGUCACUCAUCUCUGCUGUCAGAGAAGAGAACGAGAGUUCGUGGAACCUGUUCACGAUGCCGUUCAAAUUCAGAUGAACGGAAAACAUGGAACAACUGGAGAAGCGGAUCCAUUCCUGAAACAACAAGAGGAGAAACAUCUGGGAUGGAUGACUGAAGUAUAGUGACUCUUUUUUUCGAUACAAUUCCCGAAAUACUCCUUUUGAUCUUAAUUUGUUGCGGCACGAAAUUGGGCAGAGCUUGUUAUUUUUAGGAUUCUAUAGCGAUGCAGCUUUACAGAAGUAUUCGGGACCGCAGGGGAAGUUUUUCCUGUUUCUGAAUCAGAACCCUUUCAUUUUUGGUAGCCGCUCUGUAUAUCACCUAUUCUUGUCAAUGCAUGGCUCAUUCCUUUUCUAACUUCAUUGAUUUAUGUAAUUCUGCUUGAAGUCCAGGCUGAAACACACAUCUUUUUUUUACACUGCCGGCCACUGUUGUUUCCCGGGUCUAUUCUCUCACGUAUUUAACGGUGAUAAGACUGUGAUCUGUUUUGGACAGUGAUUCAGAGAGUGUGUUUCUUUUAGCUCUGCCUCCACCCAAAUGUAUUCAUGUAAAAAGUUUUUCAGGCGAAAGACUGGGCAGGCGAACUGAUUUCCGGUCAAAGUCUAACUGGGAGGUUCCUUGUAUUACUGGUCUUUAUUCUUUCCAUCGGAUCGUUAAUUAUUUAUUUCUAUGAUGCUAGCUUGUAAGUUACAUAUCUAAAAAGAUAUCUGGGAUUGAUUACAUACUUCAGUCAAAAUUUUCAAGUGGAAACUUGUAUACCAUGGCAAGACAGUCCUUCUCAACAGAUCGAUUUAGGAUUCAACAUAUUCUUCCUGGUCUACUUUUUUAUAAGGGUUCGUGAUUCACAGGUGGUAAUCGCCCUCCAUUAUAUUAAACAAUACUUCUGAAUCUGAUCCCGCCACUGGGCCGCCAGCUAACGCUCGGAAAUCUGAAAACAGUUUGAAAAUUAACGUGUUCAUUUCUUGACUACGCGGCACUUCCCACCAAAGUCAUUUUUUACCAGUAACGUUUCAUACCAGAGCGACAUUUCAUGCAAAUGACAGUUCACACCCUUGACCUUUCAUACCAACUUUUGAAUAAUUUUUGAGUUUUUGUACGGACCUGGUUGAUAUGAAAUGUCACGGGCAUGAAUCGUUAUUGGUUUGAAACGUCUCGAAAUAGUGUUUCAUUGAAUAAGAAUGAUGAUUUUCAGUUCAUUGCCGCGUCUGAUAAAGUAUGGUUUCUUCUAGAAAUGUACAGUUGGAUCGACUUUUUCACGAUUCCACCGAGCUUUGUAGCAAUUUAUUUGCAGAGGAACUGGUUAGGUAGGAUAUGCUUGAAAAUUACUAUUUCAGUGUUACAUUUCAGGAUUUCGUUUCCUCCGUGCACUUCGGUUGAUGACGGUCCCAGAUAUUCUUCAAUACUUGAAUAUUCUGAAAACGUCCAGUUCGAUUCGCCUGACUCAACUCGUUACCAUCUUCGUAGCCGUUUGUUUGACUGGAGCGGGACUGGUUCAUUUACUGGAAAACUCCGGCGACUUUUUCAAAGGAUUUAUCAAUCCGCAUAGGAUAACCUAUGCAGACUCAGUAUACUUUGUCCUGGUUACCAUGUCGACAGUGGGAUACGGUGACAUCUAUUGUACAACACUUUGUGGAAGACUUUUUAUGAUCUUCUUUAUUCUGUUUGGUUUGGUGAGUUUCAUAAACCUCUUACGUUAUAUUUGUGAUAUACCUCUCUCUCUCUCUCUCUCGCUCUCUAACUCUUUUUAGGCUAUGUUUGCAAGCUAUGUACCAGAAAUAGCAGAUUUGAUUGGUAACCGGCAGAAGUAUGGAGGAGAAUACAAAGGGGAACAUGGAAAGAAACACAUUGUCGUGUGUGGCCACAUCACGUACGACUCCGUUUCCCAUUUUCUUCAAGAUUUCCUCCAUGAAGAUCGUGAUGACGUGGACGUGGAAGUCGUUUUCUUACACAGAGUUGUUCCGGAUUUGGAGUUAGAAGGUCUAUUCAAACGGCAUUUUACAAAAGUUGAAUUCUUCACCGGUACUGUAAUGGAUUCUUUAGAUCUGAGUAGAGUGAAAGUGAGUUUGUGCCUGCAUGGUCUGGAAAUAGCUGAUUUUAUCUCUUAGAUUGGUGAUGCUGAUGCCUGUUUGGUCUUGGCAAAUAAGUACAGUACCAAUCCUGACGCAGAAGAUGCAGCCAACAUAAUGCGAGUGAUUUCCAUCAAAAACUAUUCAUCGGAUAUUCGAGUAAUCGUCCAACUGAUGCAAUAUCACAACAAAGCUUACCUUCUAAACAUUCCAUCAUGGGAUUGGAGACGUGGUGAUGAUGUCAUAUGCUUGGCAGAACUGAAACUAGGAUUCAUCGCACAGUCGUGUCUGGCACCUGGGUUUUCAACCAUGAUGGCGAACUUAUUUGCUAUGCGUUCGUUCAAAACGGUACGCUUUCGUAUUUACAUGUUUUAAUACGUGUGUAAUUGUCUAAUCAAUAUUUAAUUCUAAUUCUGUGCAUGUGAAUUCCUUUCCAGUCACCUCACACACCAUCAUGGUUGAAUGACUACUUACGUGGUGCUGGAAUGGAGAUGUAUACCGAACGUUUGAGUCCGGCAUUUGUUAACAUGUCAUUCCCAGAGGCCGCGAAGUGAGUUUUCAAAUACUAAUAGUAUUGUUUUCAUUCACAAGUGUUCUCAAAAUCUACUAAAAAAAACUUAUUUCACAAAAAGAACUGCUUUACCACUCAGUCCCGUAAACUUUAAAAACGUAUUUUUGUCACAGCACCGCACGCUUUCAUCAAGCAAUGUGUAGAAUAUUAUGAAUAUCCAGUUUUAGUCACAAACCACACCGGAUUGGCUGAACCUCUAUCUUUGCGGGGCAGGCAUGGAAAUGUACACCGACACUUUGUCUCAUUCAUUUGUAGGGAUGACGUUUCCAGAAGCGGUCGAGUAAGCCAAGGGUGCCUUUUCCACUCACAACUCAUUGAGACAGCUUCCAUUCCUAACAUCUGAACUCUAACAAUGUUGCCUAACACUAAAAUGUAUUCUUCGAAUCUAACAGUAAUUUUUCAGCCUACUUUUUAAUCGACUUGGUCUUCUGUUGUUAGCAAUAGAGCUGAAAGACGAAGAAAACAAGGAGUGCAAUAUUGCCAUAAACCCAGGCCCGAAUAUUGUGAUUCAACCUCAGACUCAAGGGUUCUUCAUAGCUCAGAGUGCUGAUGAAGUCAAGAGAGCAUUCUUUUGGUGCAAACAGUGUCAUGACGAUAUCAAAGAUGUUUCUCUCAUCAAAAAGUGCAAAUGCAAAAACUGUAAGCAUUUAGUUUUCAACCACUGCAGGACUUUUUCUUUUAGUGGCUCUGUUCCGACGGAAUACGAAGCACUCAACCAGCGCACGAGGUAGUUUAUUUUCACCCAAAAAAUGUCGAUCACUUAUCGACAGUCCGCACAUUUUUUGUUGAUCGACAUUACUUUCGUCGAUCAUGAGACUUCGAUAAUCGACCCAAAAUUAUGUCGAUUAUCGUGUCACGUCACUCUAUACAGAAAUGGCGCUCUGUUGAGAAGCUUUUUUUGCAGUGCAAAUUGAGCGACCUCGGGGCCGAGUUUGAAAAGUAAUACCAUGUUUUCAGUUGAAAAUUACUUCGCGGCCUAGAAAUUCGGUCAGAGAGCGCCAUUUCUGUGAGAUGCCCCUAUAAUACUUUUAUGUUGCUAAGAUGAUCUGUUGGCUUAUUAACAAAAAAACCAGGGUUGUUCAAAGAGGUUUUCGAGGCCCGGCUAAUGGGGCUAUUCAGCGUAUGUUUGUUUUCCGUUUGUUUUCGUUUUUUUCACAUCGCUGAAUUGGAUUUUUGACAUAAAAAACUAAAAAAAAAACGGAAAAAAAUCUUUUUUUUCUCACAGCCUGAAUAACCCCAUAAGCCCAAAAAGUAUUUUACCCCGUUCAGGAUUUAGCAAGGCCUUGCAAGGCUAGACCUACUGAAAAUUGAACACUUAAACAGAAAUUGCAGACUAUUCGGAUUUUGAUGCUCUUUUCUAUCAAAACGAUGGUAAUUGAAAUAGUUUAUCAGUCGUUUAAAAAUUCGUGAUGUGCUAAAAUUCGUGAUGUGCUAGUUUAGUCUGGCGGCACACUCAAAAAAAGAAGUUUAAUCGCCAUUUCUAAAUAUUAUGGGUUAUUCAAACUAUGGUUUUUCAAACUAUGGUUCAAACUAUGGUUCGAACUAUGGUUCUUACUUCAAAAAACAAAAUGCAGCGAAAAAAAAAUUCGGAAUGGAAAAACAUUCUCUGAAUAACCCCUUUAGUUACUGUAUCCCUCCCCUAUAGCUUAGCAUGUUUGUAACUAUUGGUGAAAUCGUUGCUUACGUUUUUUCGAUGGUUUAAUUGUUUAUUUUUCAAAUUUGCCCGUAAUGUGUUGCUUUUCAGCUCGCACAUCUGAUGUGCUCCAGCAACUUCAGCAUCAGUCGCAUCCAACCCAAGUUGGCCACGUCGGACAACAAAUUCAACUUCGGCUUAUUAAUCAACAGAGGUACUGUCAUGUUUUUUGAAAGAAAAUAUAUAAUUAUCUACAUUUAUUGUUAUCACUUUUUCAAAAACCAUUUCAGUUCGACCAGUGAUACUCAUCUCAACACGAAAUCUCUUCGAUUUGCUUAUGAAAUCAAAAAGCUAAUGUAAAUGUGUCAACUGAUUUUCCUCUAGCCGUGUACCUCCAUAGUGAUUCACUGAGGCUCGGUUUUGAGCUAUUCAAAACCAUGAGUUGGUAGAAAACAAUCAUCACUAGUUAGAUAUUAUGGGAGCAUGCGAUACGGGGUUCCGAAAACUACGCGGCCUAAUUAAUUCAUAUUUUCCCGCCACUCACACUUUUGUACUUUGGCAGCCACCUUUUUUCAGUUGAAAUUUGAAAAAUAGCCCCGCGCCAACCGCGCCACAGCGAGCGCGUGUGAUGUCGUUAGAACGCGCUUGCUCACGUCGUCUUCGGAACGCCGUAGUGCAUUUGCAAAUUCGCUCUGUUGUAAAAUCAUUUUCGGCAGCAAUCCCAGGGGCCGAGUUUUUCCGACGCGAAAUAAUUUUCUAAUGUUUUAAAUAGAAAAAAACAACCUCCCUCCCCUUUUUUGUUUAUCGGGGCAAAAAAACUCGGUCCGAGAUCGUUUCAGUUUUAUGUGCAGAAGGAGAUUCUCAACAGAGCGGAUUUGUAGUGAAACGCCUUCAAAUAUUUUGCCUAAGAUUCACUUGCUCUUUUUCUAGAAUGCACGCAGAAAAAAUUGAAAAAAUCAGCGCUAAUUUUCCAUUAGAAUCUCAAUAUUCAUUCAUUUUGCUAAAUCUGUUCGAGGCCAUGAAUGAAUGAGAUGUUAUUAGAAGUUUUUACAGUCAUUUCUGGAAAAUCUCUUUAUCCAAAGUGAAAUCACUAUAGUUUUUAGGAUGUUUUCUUUGCAUGUUUACGCCCCUGCUACUAUUUUCCUUUAUGUUCUGUUGAUCACCCUUUCCACAACUUUCCCAUUGAUCACACGCUUUCCUAAUUUCAUCCUAUUUUCGUAACGUUUUUUUCAGGCCAUCUUCCGGAGGACGUCGAAACUCGAUGAGUAUUCCGCCCGAUGGAAGAGGGGUUGAUUUCAGCAAAGACUUCGAACAGCAAGUACCCAUUAGUCAAAAAAUAAUAGAUUAUAAGAAAUGCGUUCCAGUUCCAAGACAUGAAAUAUGACAGCACUGGAAUGUUCCACUGGUGUCCGAGUCGAAAUCUGGAGGAUUGCGUGUUGGAGCGUCAUCAAGCGGCUAUGACAGUUCUCAAUGGGCACGUUGUCGUUUGUUUGUUUGCCGACAGAGACUCACCUUUAAUUGGACUUCGAAACUUUAUAAUGCCACUCCGUUCUUCAAAUUUCCACUAUCACGAGCUGAAACACGUUGUCAUUGUCGGCGAUUUGGAAUAUUUAAGAAAAGAGUGGAAAACGUUGUACAAUUUGCCGAAGAUUUCGAUCUUGAAUGUGAGUUGCCUGGUCUACUGAAAACAUGCAGGAGGCACCGUGAGGUGGCAUCUAGCUUUAGUCUCAUAAAGGACAACAAAAAUUCUCACAGGGUGCAUCACUUGUGACACUGAGACUUUUCCUAUAGAAAAAGUCGCUCUCUCACAUAGGCUGGUCGAACAGACGCCUGAAAAAACAGGCCUACUCUCACAUUAUAUUCUCACUGUUGUGACAACAUUAGAUUCCAGUAAUUCGUGAUCAUCAUUUACAGGGUUCGCCUCUCUCGAGAGCAGAUCUUCGCGCGGUGAAUAUAAACCUAUGUGAUAUGUGUGUUAUCAUCUCAGCUAGAGUUCCAAACACCGAAGACACGACUUUGGCAGACAAAGAGGCUAUCCUAGCUUCGCUGAACAUCAAAGCGAUGCAAUUUGACGACACGCUUGGUUUUUUUCCGAUGCGACACACUGUCGGAGAUCGCAGCCCUCUGGGAAGCCCUAUAUCGAUGCAAAAAAAGGGCGCCAAGUUCGGAACAAAUGUUCCAAUGAUAACUGAACUAGGUUUACUAACAAUACCUAUGUAUACAACAAACAGUCAGUUAUUUCAGUCAACGAUUCAAAUGUUCAAUUCCUUGAUCAAGAUGACGAUGAUGAUCCAGAUACUGAACUGUACUUAACUCAGCCAUUUGCAUGUGGAACAGCAUUUGCAAUUUCCGUACUGGACUCUCUUAUGAGUACUGUAAGUUAAUCAUCAAAACCUUUACUAGUAUCCUAACUUCAACAUUAUUAAAGACGUACUUCAACGACUCUGCUCUGACUCUGAUUAGAACUUUAGUAACAGGAGGAGCAACCCCAGAGUUGGAGCUGAUUUUGGCAGAAGGAGCUGGUCUCCGUGGUGGGUACAGUACCCCCGAAACUUUGUCAAACAGAGAUCGGUGUAGGAUAGCUCAGAUAUCUCUACAAGACAGUCCGUAUGAAGGUGUUAGUGUAAGGAACUUCAACUUAAUCCCAAUACAGAAUUCAUCAAUUCAGCAUAAUACUACGUACGGAGCAAUGUUUACAAUUGCCCUUCGUAGAUAUGGUCAGCUUUGUAUAGGCUUGUACAGGUUACACGAUCAGGAUAAUCCAGAUUCCAUGAAAAGAUAUGUUAUUACUAAUCCACCUGCAGAGUUAAGAAUCAAGAGUACUGAUUAUGUAUGUUUAACUCAACAUAAGACAAACAAAACAAUACAUUUCAGGUCUAUGUUCUCGAACAGUUUGAUCCCGGGCUCGAAUACGAACCUGGCAAGAGACAGUUUUAG